AUGUCGACCGGUUUCAUCUCCAACUUAACGGCUAGAGCUUCCGAGCAGGACGCCGUUCAGGCGGCCCUCCACAAGUCCGCCGUGGAGUCAUGGACACUGUAUGCGUUUGGACUUGCUUCAACCUUGCUCAGAACCUACGCCCGAGGAAAUGCGGUGGGAUAUAAACACCUACGAGCGGACGAUUAUCUCGUGUGGGUCGGAGUUUUAUUCUACACCGCGCAAACGGCCCUUGCAUACAGCGUGGGCACCGCCGCCAAUGGUCUCGCCAAUAGUGGAAUGACGGAUGCGCAGCGGGCUGCGCUGUCUGUUGACGAUCCGGAGUACAGUUACAGGGUGAUCGGAUCGAAGAUUCAGCUCGCAGGCUGGACGACAUAUUCGGCACUGAUCUGGUCGCUGAAAUUGUCCAUGCUGUUUUUCUUCCUCCGGCUCACGGACGGUCUUGGGAAACGCUAUCGCGUUCCCGUCUACAUCGGAUUCGGGCUUGUGAUCAGCACCUUCAUCGCAAGCGUUGUCACCAUUCUGGGUUCAUGUCGGCCAUUUCACAAAUACUGGCAAAUAAACCCCGAUCCCGGCGAAAUCUGCCAAGCCGCCGUAUCCAAGCCCAUAAUCUGGGUGUCCUUCGCCGCGAACGUCUCCACCGACUUAUACCUGAUAUUCAUUCCGAUUCCCAUGCUCUGGAAAUCGAGUUUAAAGUUGAUCAAAAAGAUCGCUUCAACUAUUGUUCUCAGCACGGGAGUGUUCACGCUUGUUUGCGCGACGCUCAAGAGUGUCUUUGUGUUAGUGGAACCCAUCAACGGCGGACAACUCAGUGCAGCAUGGGGCACGCGUGAAGCCUUCGCGGCUGUAAUUACCACCAACCUGCCCAUGAUCUUCCACAUCCUGCGUCUCUGGCUCAAUAAGGCCUUCGGCAGCGCGUUCGCUUCUACUGGACAAACGUACAAGACGCCAUCGGGCGGCUUCAAGACCAUCGGAGGCGGCACCUACGGCGAAUCACAUAGUCGAAGCAACAAGCGCGGACCGGGCAGCGGACACCCGAUGACAAUGGACUUAACGUUCACAGAGAGCGAAGAACGCAUGAUGGCGGAGGACGUGAAGAUGCAGAAUCUCAAGGCAUUUGACAGUGCCGCUGUGGCCGAAGCUGGCCAGGCGCCUGGUCCCGGAGAUCCGGCUGCUGGUCCAGGAGGUAUUGUUGUCUCGAACCGUGUGGAGGUUACCACCGAGGAUCGACGGAGCAGUCACAACAGCAACGAGCCGCAGCCGCAGCGGGUUCAUGAGAGCUGGUAG